UAGGUCAACGUGGCAACACCGCACAUUCGCUAGUUAUCGACGAUUGCAGCGCACCCAACAAACAUGGUUGUGUUCUGUACUAAGCGGUACACGAGCGACUGUCAAACGCCGAGUCGGAUGUAGCGAGCCGUUGGCUUUUAAUUAAAUUCGCUAAAUCGUCCGUAACGCAACCGCCGCCGCACGCUGGCCCACCGCGACUGGGCCGUCGAUGCGCACUUUGUGUGAUCGCUGUCGGCCGCUCGCCUGAGAGCUACAUUGUUCAGCUCUUGCGUCGCUGCGAUGCCGUCGCGCUCCUGCCAUGAUUGAUUUCAAGCGUCACUUCGCUCCGCGUACCCGCUGACCAGGGCCUGGUUUUCGAAUAAUGUGGAUAUUGUGGCCGUUGGAUCGUCAAGCAGUGUAAUCAGAAUGGUUGUUGAUGUACAAUCGCGACCGCUGACGACGAAAAUGCAGCCCGCGGGGAUGAAUCCCAAGGAGCUGUCAGAAAAUGACGACCUUGCGACCUCACUUGUCCUGGACCCGCAUCUUGGCUUCACCACGCAUAAGAUGAACAUCCGUAAUAAGACGCUGCGUAUCAACAAUGCAGAAUUGAAAGGCAUUGUGGCUGAGUUCAUCAAAGAGCAGAACUAUGAGAAAGCUUAUGCGCGCAUAUCCAAGGGCGAGUGGAUGCCGCGUGCGAAGGCCAAAAACGAGAAAAAACGAUUAGAAGAACAUAUUUAUCGAUAUUUACGAGUAUUUGAUAAAGAAUCUGGUUUUGUGAUAGAACCAUGUUUCCGUUACUCACUGGAAGGUCAAAAAGGUGCGAAAAUAUCCUCGACGAAGAAAUGGAACAAGCAUGAUAAAAUUGAAUGCCUGGUUGGUUGCAUCGCGGAACUGACUGAGGCGGAGGAAAGCAUGCUGCUCAACCCCGGUAAGAACGACUUUUCUGUGAUGUACAGCUGUCGGAAAAACUGCGCGCAACUGUGGCUGGGGCCUGCUGCAUAUAUCAAUCAUGACUGCCGGGCGAAUUGUAAGUUUGUUGCAACCGGCCGAGACACGGCUUGUGUAAAGGUACUGCGGGACAUUGAAGUUGGCGAAGAAAUCACUUGCUUUUAUGGCGAAGAUUUCUUCGGAGACAAAAACUGCUAUUGCGAGUGUGAGACUUGCGAACGUAGGGGCACUGGUGCGUUUGCAGCGAAACACGCCGAGAAAAAAGAGGAGAACGGAUAUCGAUUGCGCGAAACCGAUAACCGAAUAAAUCGUACUAAGCAGAUCGCAGGAAAAACGAUAGAGAACGGAUGCAGCGACUUGACGAAUGAUAAUACUGUGGAAAAGCAACCGGAGGAAAUCGAACGUGAUGAAAAAGUGGAUGUAAAUAUUAUUGCGCCUCUUAGUAUCAAGGAGUUGCGACAGAAGGGUUUGACAAAAUACGAUGCGGAACUGUUGAUUGCACAGGGAUGUAAUUUUUCCGAUGUUGGUGAGUUUCAACGGCGCAGUAGUUCAGGUAGUACGGGAAGUGCAAAUUCAGGUAGUGCUACUGAGACUGUAGAGGCGACGAAUGUCGAAAAGAAAGUCGUCAAUGGCGUUAAGAAUAUCAAUAACAAUAUUAGCAAUAGCGUUAAUACGAGGGCGUCGCGAUUACAAAAGCGCAAUGCGCGGCUUGCCUAUCAGGAAAAGUUGCAGAUGUCGCGGGCGAAUUUGCUGGACGAUUUGCAGAGCAAUACGAGCAGUACGAGCGCUACCUAUAGUGAUAAUGAUCCUGUGAGCGAUGCCACACAGCAGAACAAAAAGUUCAACGACUCUCAUGAGAGUGGAAAAGGUGUUCCUUCAGCUAGCACAAUUCUAGAUCAGAGCAUUUCUUUUGGCCGUGCACUUCGAAGUCAUAAAGACGAUAAAGAAGAACUAAACGGGAUUGAAUCUGAGGUCUCAAAAUUCUUGCCGGUUGGUGCAAAACGCCAAACGCGAAAUUCCAGUCGCACGAGCGUGAAACUGAGCCAAGAUGAAGUGAGCUCGCCGGUUGCCUCUACUGAUCAUAGCAAUAAAGAUGUGUACGAGUUCAACGACGAGGAUAAACACACUGCGUCCCACCGACACACCACCCACUGUAGUAGUAAAUCUAGUGAAAUUGUGAUAAAAAGUGACUCUGACAAAGACGGUAUUGAAAUGAGAAACAAGGCUGACCACGACAAACCAACUGCCAUUGCGAAGCGGAAUGCAGGUACUCCAGAACGACACCUACCGGCGAAUGCGCCGCCGAUGGUAAUCAACAGCACACCCACGUCGGCUGUAAAACACCAUCCGGAGCGCACGCCCGAAAAGUGCGGCCGGUUGAAGUUGACUCUACGUAUGAAACGCUCGCCGAUGCUUGACGAGGUGAUAGAAUCAGGCAAUAGCAUGAGUGAGGACAAUUUUGAGCCUGAGUACGAGGUGCUGCGUGUUGAGGGUGUGGAGGCUUACACCACGCCGUAUUCGCAUCGGAAAAAGCGGCACAAAUCCAAAGACCGCAAGCGCGAACGCCGCCUCAAGGAAGAGGCAGCGGCGGCGGCGGCGGUGCCGAAAUUGCAUCCGCCCAUGAAGCGGUUGCGGCUCAUCUUCGGCAACGAGAGCCACACGAUCGACAUACCGUCCACUAGCAACACCUAACAUUAGCAGCCAAUCGCGUUAUUCUCCUAGGCCGGGCGACACACGCAUACAACAUUCACCCACAUACAUACACACGAUACACAAUACAACACACUGAUCAGUAUACUGUGAGUUUGUAAAUAAUAUGUAACUUAUUUGAUUGUUUAAGGCAAGUUCAGAAUGAGGAGAUCGCGAGAACGAAUGAAUUCUUAGCAUUUUUACAUGUGUAAUUUCAUGUAUUAUUUUUGUAUUAUCACUCAGUUUGGUUUUAUCCAGGUUUAAUGUAAAUGUGGAUUGGCACAGAAUUCGUUAACUGUUGAAAUUCUAAAUAGCACAUUCGAGGGUAAUGCUCCCGAAAACUGAAGACACGUGCACUUUACUUUAAUUCGCCGGGAAGGAAACCUAAAUUUAUUGAAAAUAUUUGACUUCAUGCAAUUUUCGAUCCUAAAGAUUACAAGAAGAAAAUGAUUGCAAAUGCAUCGGCAUCAGGUAUGAAUACCUCUACAAACAUCAUCUGUUCACUUUUAAGGCUUGUACAUAGUUAUGUUACUUCAUAAUGCAUAAUUAAUGUGUAAUAUAAAUUCUCCUUUUUUAUUUUAAAUUUAAAAAAAAAACUUCUUUAUUUUUUAUGACGUCUUUUUUAUCAUGAAAUGAACAAACGUUUACUAUAGAUGUAAAGAAAACGAGAAUUUCAAUUGAAUUUUCAGCGAAAAACUUGAAUAAUACAUUUCCGUUUAACUGUUA